GUCAUGUGCUUUCCCGCUCUACUUCGCGCCUGCAGAAGCCGACCGGAAACUGUCAUCGCCCUGUUUCCCCCUGGUGACUGUCACUUCCGUACGAUCCUGUUAAGCAACACGCCGCUGCUCGACACUCUCACGUACACAGACACACACACUAAAGUCCAAACCACGUUUAAAAACCAGAUUUAUCACACCGAAAUGCAUAUCAAAACAGGUACCUGGGAGUCAAGCAAUGCAGUGUGCGAGUCCGACCCCUUGUGUGAUCCGGCCGUCCUAGUGUCACCCCCCAAACCAGAACCUCAGAUCCGCAACCGUCGUCUCUCCCCCGGCUCUGGCAGCUGUGGUGGGGGAGGAGGGGGCUGUUCAUCUGGGAUGGAGAAACGUCAAGCCUCAACAAGUAGCCCAGAAGGUUCCCUCAACGGGGUGGGUCACACCCAGACCUUCACAUCAAGCCGUGACCGAGAGCGCCGCAUCCCGAAUAAAUCCAGAAGUUUCCGUCGGGACGGCCUGAGAGUGGGGCCGCGCUCUGACGACAGACACUUCAGAACCGGUCAGAAGGAGCGAUGGGUAGACAACAGCCUGUCAUUGCUCAAACCACCACCUGCUUUCCCUGUGAAAGACAGCCCUGCCAAACUGCAGCCGACCGUCAGCUACGCCUCCAAGGUGAAAGCAGGAGGAGGCUCUGCUGGGGCAGCAGAGGAACCUCCUGGUAUUGGGGUUUUGCUGCAGAACCAGUGGGGACUGAGCUUCAUCAGUGAUGGUCCAGAAGCAGACGCUCCCCAGGAGAAGAGUCCGGAUCUCCACCCGGUUGCUGGAGAGCUUACUGUAAAAGCUUCAGAGUCUCUGCCUGAUCAGGCCCCGAGAGACUCUGAGAGUUCGGAGGAGCUGCUGCUCAGCUGUCGCCACCUGGAGGAAGCCUUGGAGUAUCACACACAAGAAUGGAACGCAAUAUUAUGGAAGCAAAAACAAGACCCUGCAAAUGUUGUUUGGUACAAGAAUGCCCUGGAGUCGCCCGCCUAGCACACACUAACCCCCCUCCACAAACACAUACUCAAAACACACACAUACACACCCCGCACUCAGGUUAUCAUCCCCUCAACGUUUCUACCGAGACUCUUUGGACUUGUUCCUCUUGAAGAUAGAUGUCUUGGUCUUCUCGGUUGCCUUACAACAGAGUCUGCCUCAGGCGCAGAGUCCCUCUGCAUACCUCUGUCAUUUUAAUGGUGGAGAUUUGUCUCUUUUAAGAAAAAAAAACAAAACUACUUUAUCAAGCUGCAAUUUUAUUUCAGUGAACUGCAGUUUUACAGUUAAGAAACCCCUUUUAUUCUUCCCUUGUUCCUACUUGUGUGCGAGUGGUUAAAUCAAGCACUUUCUGACCUGUAGUUGAACACGUCGUCCCGUUCUCUAAAGACUGAGCUUGUUUUUCCCCAAUCCAAUCCUGAAUGUCCUUUCAUCAGUCUUCCCUCCCGCGAUAAUCCCUUUCUUCCCAUGCAAAUUGUUCUCAUGAAGUUUACAGAGGUGCAGCUGGCACGUUAUGGCAGCACCUUCAAAUGUCUAUUGGUCUUAAUGCUGUUUUUUUAAUAUAUAUAUAUAUUUCACCCAGAUUGAAUGUCGGUCAUAAAUCCUAAUAGGAAUCCGUUGUUGUGUAUGACCUAAUAAUUUUUUUUUUUUUUUAUUAGCGACAUACAAAUAAUUUACACUGGAAGAUGUUCAGAGAUUUAAUCAAACAGUGUUGCAUAAAACAAAAUGAAUAAACUUGUUAAAAUAC